GUCUGGUCCAAACGAGUAUGACGUUGUUGCUGCCUGUAACUAGCUAACGUUGCCCAUGAAUGGAAGCUAGGCGAGUAAGAAUUUUAGCCAGGUAGCCCAGAACAAAUAAGUGUGUACUACAUGACAUGGUGAGACUGCUUCGUCAACAUAGUAAAGGGUGGCACUGUCGUUUCUCUACAAGUAGGGUGAGUUGACGUUUUUUACUUGCAUGAACGCGGACAAUCAGAACCAUGGACAGCCACAUUUGGCUUACGUUGAUUGGACAAUUUUUGGGGGGAUGUCUUGUCACAAUUAGACUAGGCAGAGGUGCUUUGAUGAUAGAAAAUGGUGCUGGAAUAGUGGAGGCAGUGCCUGUUUUCUUUGCGACUUGAGGAACUCGGGUUCUAAAUCUGUUUUAGUUGUCUGAAAUUAAGUUGCUUCACCAUGCUGUAGGUCAUGUUAGUGUACAUGCAAUAUGCUCUGGACUUCACUGGACAGAGGUUGCUAUGUGGUUUUGUGAUUAAACAAAGAUGUAGUUGAAUUUAUUCUGCAGCUGUCUUAACCUAAUUCAUAUGCCUUGCCUAAAGGCUAUCGCGCAAACACACUUAUCACAACACAGGUUGUGGUUUUAACCACACACUGCUACUGGCUGUAUGUAACAAGAAACAUGUGAUACCUGUAUUACCAGUAUACAUAACUGACAUUUUUUGGUGUUAAGUCAUCAAAUUAACUUAGUUGGUCAACUAUUUUUUUUAGAACGUUUUUGCUUCUCUGUCUUUAUUUUGUACAAAGUGUGCAAAACAAGACACUCUGGUAUAUUUGUUAUAGGACAUUCCUUUAAUGUCAACAUUUAGCUAUGUUGUAGUACAGGACACUAAGAUCUAACACUUGUUUUUUGAGGACCUGAUGUUGGGAACAACUAAAUGAUUUGACCUUCAUUAAGCCAAAAAAUGCAUCGACUUAAAUGAGCCCACGGCACGGGCAGUUAUACUUUUGUUUUUACUUAUCAGUCUAGUUGAUGCUACAACUUAACAUGCAUGAUUUCGCGACCAUUGACUGAUUAAAAGCAAAUCGAGUUGAAUUGAUAUGUUGGGUCAGAUAGCGUUUAUCUACUUAAUAUUAAUCAGAUGGGCGUAACCGCAAAGGUCUCAAAAAUACAUAAACCAGGAGGCCCCGCAACACAUUCGUUCCCAUCUACUGCAGUUCGGUUGGAAGAGUAUCACGGUUUUGUCGGCGGUAAGAGUGUAAUAGCCUUUUGUGUUUAAACUUUUAAUUUAGGGACAGUAACAAGAUGGUGUCGCGGUAAAUUAGGGUCUGACACCCGAGAAGUCUGGACGUGGCUAUAUAUGUAACUAGCAGUUAGCCUACGAUAACAUUCUCAUGAUUGUAAAUUUAAUUCAAAGUCAAUGUAUGGACGAUUAUAUUGUGGUGGCAUGCGAAAGUCCCCAUUCCUUGCAUUCCUCGUUAAAGCAAGGCAAUCCCAACCAUUUUACUCUGCGAGUGCGCUCACUAGUCGAUGCAAUGACGCAGUGAUGGCUGGCUACCAGGGGCUCCCAUUACAUUACGAUAGCACUAUUGUAAAGGCCGUUGUGGUUUAGCUGGACAAUGUUGAACAAAGGGAGUUGAAUCUAGCUAGGCAUAGUACACAUGGGGGCGGGGAACUGCAUUGUGUACAUACACCAGUUGGCUAGUUUACUGAUUCAAAUAAAAAUCGCACCACGGUCAUCCGCUUGUCCAGCGAGGCGUGCUUUUUGAGAGAACGCACAUUUCAUUGGCUAGGUAGCUCACUAGCUACCGUAAGGUUGCGCUUUAGCUACGGUAUAUUGGAAAGGGAAGACAGCAGAACUAGCUAGUUACCGGGGGCAGGAUGAUCUUGGGCCUUUCCGACGUAAACCCCCAUACGCGUUUGUGCUUCUCGCUCGACUAUCAAACUCUUUGCUAGGAUCUCGCUGACUUUUUUUUUUUUUUUUUUUUUUUCGCAAUACAAAAUACUUUUUUUUUAAAAAUCAAGACAUCAACUGUUAGCUUGAAUUACAUUUGAUUACUGCGUGUAUUUGCACCAUUGCAAGAACAGAACAUGAACAGGUGUUUGAAUCCAAAAUAACCUGCUACUAGUUAACAAUCUGAACCACUGCAUCCAUAAUACACAUGUUAUUCCCUUCUACAGUGGUUAAAAGGAAGGAUGUCUGACGAAGGGAAGCUUUUUGUGGGUGGCCUGAGCUUUGACACUAAUGAACAGUCAUUAGAAGAUGUGUUCUCCAAAUAUGGGCAAAUAUCUGAAGUUGUUGUAAUUAAAGACAGGGAAACUCAGAGGUCCAGGGGCUUUGGUUUCGUCACCUUUGAGAACCCGGAUGAGGCCAAGGAUGCUAUGCUGGCCAUGAACGGCAAGUCACUUGACGGCAGACAGAUCCGUGUCGACCAGGCUGGCAAGUCUGGUGGUGGUGGCAGGUCCGGAGGUGGAUUCCGAGGGGGCUCGUCGGGUGGCAGAGGGGGAGGAGGAUACUUCCGUGGAGGCAGAGGUGGUGGUGGUGGUGGAAGAGGUGGUGGGGAGCGGGGGUAUGGCGGUGGACGUUACGACAACAGAAGUGGCGGCUCAUACGGAUCAGACCGAGGCUACUACAACAAAGACAGAGCGCAAGGAGGAGGAUACGGAGAUCGUUCUGGAGGUGACGAGGGCGGCUGGUAGGACGGAGGCGACCGGUAGUCUGUCUGGGCACGGCCCCUGGCCCGGCAUGGCCUGGUCCCAGCCCAGGGCCUGCUGCUCCGCGACACUUUAAAUCUUCUGAAACCCACCAUGUAGAUAAGAGCAGUCCUGGAUAAGUGCGGGAGGGCUGGCUCGCACGCCGAGCCACCCACCACCGGUCUAUUCCAAGUUUUUGUUUUUCAACUUUCUGAUCCUCCUUAUUUGUUAUUGAAAACUGCAGAGAACAACUUUUUCAUUUACAGUUUUUGUGGGUAGCUCGAAAGAGCAAGGCUCGUGCUGUAUGCCGUUGCCUCACUUUGGGCCGUGCACGCAAAGAGGCACAACCUAAAAGACAGGGAAUAUAUCUUGGAUAGAUAAUGGUAACGCUUUUGUAGUUUUAACUCUGCUUUGUAACAAAGUACAAAAAUGCUUGCACUUAUUUUGUUUAUGAUUGACUGUUUUGCCAACUAAUAAUGGUGAUGAGCCUGAAUGAGGUAAAUGCACACAAAGGUCUGAAAACAUCACCACCAUGUCUGCGCUGUUCUUCCUGAUUGAGAGAGGAGAGUAUGAGUAGAAACGUUCUCUAAUCGACUGGGCUUGCUAGGAUCGCUGUGGGUUCCGGUAAAUGAGAACCUGCUCAUUGGUUUUCUGGAGCACUGACCUGUUGCUUGACUGUCCGGUCUAUGGCAGGUUCUUGUCUAAUUUAUUUUGGUUUCUGAGAAUGGUUUUUAUUUUAUUAGCUGCACAUUUUAAAUAAGCAAUGUUUUUUUUGUGUGUAUCUGAGUCACACAAUGGUUUCAAGUACACACAGCGUUGAAUUAAUGUGAAGCGGGACAGUUCUACUACUUGCAAGCUCUUUUCAACAAACAUACUUUCUAUGAGGAUACAAAUGGAGUGAUUUCACAACUGUUCUCGUCAUAGCAUCAGAUUGGUUUUGUAUUAGAUUUUUUUUAAGCGUUCUGUAUCUUCAUGGUUGUAUUUUUCCUAUAUAAAAAAUAAAACAUUUAUAAAUCUGUU